GAUUGCCGCCCAGGUGCCUGCUCCCUGCGCCUGCGCUCUGCGUGCUCCUCCUCGGCAGGUGCGCCCCGCCCCCUCCCUGGCCGGCCACCUUCGGCGGCUGCUUCGAGGCGCCCGCUAUUGGCCCUACCGCCCACCGAGCGCGUGUAGGUGUGGUGGGGGUCUGAACGGUGGAAGGGUCUCUAAGUGUCGCCGAGGGCAAGGAACGAGUGAGGGGCGGACAGAACAUCGCGGGCGUGCCAGACAGAGCGUCCGCACACCGAAGGUCCGCCAGAGACUCCGGCGGGAGCGCCAGCGCGACACUCCGCAGACCCUCUGGGAGCGCCGGCACCUGAACGCGAGGCUCCCCAGUGCGCGUGCGCGGCAAGGGUCUUCCCGCACCUGAUCGCGAGACCCUAACGGCCAGCGGCUCCAGGCUUCGCCUGCGCGGCCGGGUGGAGCCCGUCAUGGCGCAGCUGUGUGGUCCAAGGCGGUGCGGGGCGCUCCUCGCCCUGCUGGCCUCGCUGCUCCUCCUCGGGGCUGAGGCUGCCGACGGAGAACCUAGCGUCCACGACUUCUGCCGAGUUUCGAAGAAAGUGGGAAGAUGCCGGGCCUCCUUCCCUAGGUGGUGGUACAAUGUCACUGAGGGAUCCUGCCAGCAGUUUGUAUAUGGCGGCUGUGAAGGGAAUAACAAUAAUUACUUGACCAAGAAGCAGUGUCUUGAGAAAUGUGCUGGUGUCACAGAGAACACCAUCGAUGACGUGGCCUCCGCCAGGAAUGGAGCAGAUUCCUCUGUCCUAAGUGUUCCCAGAAGGCAGGAUUCUGAUGACCUCUCCAGUGACAUUUUCAACUAUGAAGAAUACUGCACUGCCAAAGCAGUCACCGGGCCUUGCCGUGCGUCCUUCCCACGCUGGUACUUUGACGUGGAGAAGAACUCCUGUGACAACUUCAUCUACGGAGGGUGCCGGGGCAAUAAAAACAGCUACCUCUCCGAGGAGGAGUGCAUGCAGCGCUGCUCUGGCAACCGGUUGUACCCUGUCCUGCCCCGCGGCACCAAAGCGGUGGUCCUGGUGGGGCUGUUUGUGAUGGUCCUGAUCGUCCUGCUGGGGGCCUCCGUGGUCUGCCUGAUGCGCGUGGCGCGGAGGAGCCAGGAGCGCACCCUCCGCACCGUCUGGAGCUCUGGAGACGACAAGGAGCACCUGGUGAAGAACACCUACGUCCUGUGAAUGCCCGGCCGGCAAGAGGCCGCCUUCCUCGCGUCUCCCUGUCGAUGAAGAGCACCUGGGAAGGGAGGGGAGACGAGUAUAGAAUGGGUGUGCUUUUUAAAAUGGAGUGAGUGGUUUGUAUUUGUGCGAUCAUUAGGGGAUUGGGUCUGUUUGUUUCUCCAGAAGGUAAGAGGGCUGCCCCCCUCCCCGCCCCCUGCCCCCACCCCCGGUCUCCCGGCUGGGUCUGCUUCGCAGUCCCUCUCACAGGAGGGCUCUGUCUCCCGUUGCGGUGGUCUGGCCCCAGACCAGAGUGGGCCGCUCUUCAGUUUAGUUCUUUGCCCCAGGUAUUAGUUUUCUUUGCUUACCUUGAAUCCUGUAGUGUCCUUUCCCAGCACGAAAGUAAUGUUUUAAUAGCUUCCUUUGUUUUUUGAUUUGUGUGUGUGUGUAUGUGUGUUUUUUAAGCAAGCAGUGACAAAAGUUUUUUUUUUUAUUAGGCUUCUGAAAGGAAGAGAAUAAAAUGUACAAGCUUAAUAAAAAGGGCCUUCCCUUUUAAAAUAAAUUGCAGCAAAAGUUUUCUUUC